ACCAUUCUCCAGUUCACACCUCCGAGAUGUACGUGUCGAUAGUGUUGGCACUGUUCUUGCAGCUUUGCCGGGCCAAGUUUCCUCCGACUAGUUUGGCCCGCUAUGGAACCGCUCUGUACCGAACGAUCGAUCCCGGUGUUGACCAGUUGAUACGAAGAUUGGACCGCUCAACGGGCAUUCAACCGUGGGAGCUCGGCAAUCUGGUGGAGAGUGACAUGCGACUUCCGAUGCCAAAGCUGAGGAACGGGUUGGUGGGAGACACGACCAGCUUCUUCCGGUGGCCAAACGCCACUAUGGUGUACAAGAUGGUUGGGAAUUUUAAUAAAACCGAACGUCACUUCAUUCAGCGAGCAAUGCGAGAGUUCGAGCGUUACACCUGCAUCAGGUUUAAGGAGCGCACCAACGAGGUUUCUUACGCCGCGAUCGGCAACAGUGACUACGGAUGCUGGGCUGACGUGGGACGUGGUCAUGGGAAAACCGUCGUGAACCUGCAAGCCGGAUGUGCCACGGCACUCACCACACCAAUCCACGAGUUGAUGCACGCCCUGGGAUUCUUCCACGAGCACACCAGGCUUGAUCGGGAUCAGUACAUCGACGUCAUCUACGACCACAUGAUUCCGGAUCCGUCAAUCUACUACAACUUCCAGCUGGUGGAACCGUCCGAGGCCAGCAACUUUAGCGUCCCGUACGACAUCGGAAGCAUCAUGCACUACUCGCGGUACUCAUUCUCCGUUAAACCCGGCAAGUUGGAAACGAUGGUGGCCAAAGUGCCCUGGAACAGUACCUUUGGCCAGGGUGAUACCCUGACCAAGUACGACGCACUGCUGCUGAACAUCAUGUACUGUGGGACACCACCGCCGAAGGAAGCUCUUCCGGUGCCUGAUAGGUGGAUACCGGCGGAACCACUGGUUAGGGAGAUCACGACGACGCCGAGGCCCAAAGUGACCACCUCGACGAAAAAGCCCUGGCAGCGUAAGCCGACGUUCCGCAAGAUGAACAAGAGUGCCAAGGAAAAAAUGGAACAAGAGUUGUGGGCAAGGUUGAGGGGAUAAGAUCUUCGAUUUAUUACAUUUUUGUUAAUACGACAACUAAUCAAAUUUAAAAAAAUGUGCAUCAUGUACAAGACCACGUCAUCUAAACGAA